GGAUCGUAAAAUGUCAUAACAAUAUCAUAAUGACAUCAUAACCGGAAUGAACAAUAAUGAAUGUACAAUGUGUGACGCGAGGACCCCAAGGAUCAAGCUCCGCUCCCUCCUCCCCUCGGCCUCUCCCGCCCGACUUAUUUAAGCGUGGCGGCGGAGGGCGGCGAGCAGUUGUGGAUUCGGGUCCGUCCGAGCGUUCAGACUGGAGCGUUCGUGGUACUCGUACACUCACUGGUUCCCCAUGGCGUCCUCUCACGUGAUGAAGGACGACCAGCAGGAGACACAGCCGGCGCCCGCCAUGCAACCCGCCAUGAUGAUGUUCUCCAGCAAGUACUGGAGCCGUCGCGGACUCUCCUUCGACUCGGCCAUGUUGGACCGGGGCCCGCCGCUACGCCACACUGGUGGCCAGAUGUCACGUCGGCCGUCCUUCAGUCCCAUCAGCGAGACUGAGGGUGGACCGAGUCAGGCGGUGGUGUUCUCCCUGAAGAACGAGGUGGGGUGUUUGGUUCGAGCGCUGCGACUCUUCCAGGAGAAACGCGUCAACCUGAACCACAUCGAGUCGCGCUCGUCCAAGCGCGUGGCCAACGAGGUGGAGAUCUUUGCCGACUGCAUCUGCAGCAAGAAGGACUUCAACGAGCUUCUGGAGGUCCUGAAAGAUCAUGUCAACAUCCUGUCCUUCAACACGCCGGCCCACGUGUGGGCCGCGCAGGCCGAUGAGGAAGACGUUCCGUGGUUUCCCAUGAAGAUCUCCGAACUGGAUCAGUGCUCCCAUCGGGUGUUGAUGUACGGCUCCGAGCUGGAUGCUGACCACCCGGGCUUCAAAGACGAACUCUACCGCCAGCGGCGCAAGUAUUUUGUGGAGGUGGCCAUGAAGUACAAGUUCGGUCAGCCCAUUCCCCGCAUCGAAUACACCCCGGAGGAGGUGCGCACGUGGGGCGUGGUCUUCAGGGAGCUCAACAAGCUGUACCCCACUCACGCCUGCAAGGAAUACCUGAAGAACCUGCCCCUGCUCAGCCAACACUGCGGCUACCGACACGAUAACAUUCCUCAGCUGGAGGAUGUCUCGCACUUCCUCAGAGAGAGGUCUGGUUUCACCGUGCGACCCGUCGCAGGUUACCUGUCACCCCGAGACUUUCUGGCGGGUUUGGCCUACCGAGUCUUCAACUGUACGCAAUAUAUCCGCCACAGCACCGACCCGCUCUACACCCCUGAACCGGACACGUGUCAUGAGCUUCUGGGUCACGUUCCUCUGCUGGCGGAUCCAAAGUUUGCUCAGUUUUCUCAGGAGAUCGGUUUGGCGUCCCUGGGAGCUUCGGACGAUGAUGUGCAGAAACUGGCCACAUGUUACUUCUUCACUAUUGAGUUUGGCCUCUGCAAGCAAGAAGGUCAGCUGAGAGCCUAUGGUGCUGGUUUGCUGUCAUCCAUUGGAGAACUCAGGCAUGCUUUGUCAGAUCAAGCCUGUGUGAGGCCCUUUGACCCCAAGACCACCUGCAAGCAAGAAUGUCUCAUCACCACAUUCCAGGACGUUUACUUUGUCUCUGACAGCUUUGACGAGGCCAAGCAGAAGAUGCGAGAGUUCGCCAAAACCAUCAAGCGUCCAUUCUCGGUGUACUACAACCCGUACACGCAGAGCAUGGAUCUCCUAAAAGACACGCGCAGCAUCGAGGACGUGGUGCAGGACCUCCGCAGCGACCUGACCACCGUGUGCGAUGCACUCGGCAAGAUGAACACUUACAUGGGCAUCUGAUCGCCGUCCCGUGCUCCUCAACGAGCCUUUCAAACAUUCGAAUCAAAUCGAAUGAAGAGAGCUUUAUACUCAAGUGUUGCAGAAGACGUCAAGAUAUCAAAGAUAUUGUACACCACAUGAUAUACAUGAGCAAAGUCUACAGUGUAUGCUUAGAAGAGGGCAGAUCAAGUGUUAACAACACAGCCACACUGGAUUGCAUUUCAUACUGUAUAUGAUCUUAUGAAUAACACGUAUUAGUAUAGUAUGAA